GAUGUGAAGACAUCCAUGGGUUUCCUUUAUGGAGAGCUACUAAAGGCAAAAAGAGAGAUCAAAGAGGCAUUUGGCAAUGUUGAGUCUCGAUUCAAAGAUGUUAUGGCUGUAAUUGAGAAGAAGAUGAAUGGAAGACUUGAUUCUCCAUUGCAUUUGACAGCUUUUUUGCUGAAUCCACACUAUAGCUAUGCUAACCCAUCAAUCUUUGAUGAGCCCAAAAUGAAUGAAGCCUUCAUAUCUUGUGUCGAGCAAUUUUAUUAUCAUGAUGAGGACCAACAAGAACAGGUUGCCAACUUUGAAUUGAAAAAAAUUCAGAAUAGAGAAGGACCAUUUAGCAAGAAGCUUGCAAGAACUUUUCAAAACUAUGAUUACAAUCCAGGUAGAGCAUCAUGGUGGCGGUUAUAUGGAACUGAAACACCAGCUUUACAGAAGAUGGCUACAAGGAUAUUAUCUUUGACAUCAAGCUCUUCUGGUUGUGAAAGAAAUUGGAGUGGGUUUGAAGGGAUACACACUAAGAAGAGAAAUAGGCUGACUACAACCCGCCUCAACAAGUUGGUCUAUAUUCAGUUCAAUAACAGGCUGAUGAAUAACAGAGAAAAGAUUAAAGUCAAAGAAAAUCACUGA